GGGGGGUGGGGAUGGGGGAUGUGGGCGUUGUAAUGUGGUCCUCCACGUGCCUAUAUAAGCGAGUACCGUGGGUGACUCGAGGACGAGUACGUGUGUGAGCUAGGACGGCACAGCACAGCAAGGAUAUCGAGGAAACCGCGGCGAUGUACACCAUCACAAGGGGGCCCAGCAAGAUGGUCACGCACAGGCUACGAGGUCCGGCGCAGCAGUCCGACAACAAGAACGGAGUUGACCAUCAGGCCGGGAGCCUCAACUCCGAGCCCCGGUCACCGCCGACGGCUUGCUGUGUGACCCCCAAACUGGUAUUCAACCCCAUCAAUGGCAAGCGGAGCAACGGGCUGCACCUUCCCACACCGGCACCAGCGCACAAGGAGCUCGGCACGUCCUCGCACGCCGAAAACGUCAGCUUCGUCUACAGCACAUGGCAAAAUGUGAAACAGGAUAUGAACAACAGGCAGCUGAAUGGAAACUCCACAGGACCUGUGGAGUAUGUGCUGGACACAUCGGAUGACAAUCAGAAAAGAGACUUUGUUCCAGUGGACCUUGAGGACUGGUGGGCUAAAAGGUUCCUGGCUACGAUUGAGGAUACUCUGUGAAUGGAAAGACAAGAAAUUAACCAAGCUUGGCCUGUUGAACACAACUGAAAAAUAGUUGUAAAUAAAAAAAUGAAUGUGACCACAGUGGGUGUAGCCAUUCUACAUUUUUUUGGCAGGUUGUGAAAACAAUUCUGCGGAGGUGGUAUCACGAUUUACAAACCUUUUCUAUGUUGUCAGUCAGAUGUGUUGCCUUGAUAUUCCAGCUUGUAUAGAGGAAAACACGUUUGUCAUGCUCCAGUUCCUCGGUGGUGCUUACAUAUAAAACAAAGAUUUAAACGUUACUUGCAAUCACACAUUUUUAUGAAGCCCCUUUCAGAAGUUAACAGCCAUAAUCGUGGGAACAAGAGGCAACUAAUUGUCAGUAACUUGAAACGUCAUUUCAGGAGAUCAUGUUUUGGGCCAUUUCAGCAGAUUUAAAAAAAUCCAGAGAAGUGCGACUGUGAAUGACAGUAUUUGAUUCUGUGCCUGUCCUGUCAAACCAAUGCAAAAAAUGUACACCCAGUGUUACAUGACCACUGUAACACUGCAAUUGAUUCGCCGAAGAGAACGUCUUGUUUUCAAGUGAAAUAGGUAUUUUGGUAUUCAGCUCACGCGGGCUGUUUCUGUAAUUCACUUCCUGUGAGCUGUUAGACACGAACACUAAAGGGCUGCUAUUAAUUGGAUGGAAUUCACUUGCAAGCCUCCACUCAUGUGCCUAAGUCACGGCCUGAAACCUGGUCUCAUGGAAUUGCUUCAUAUUGGAAGGUGCCUCUGCUGUCCUACAGUGUAUCAUUACUCGUGUUUUUCAUUAAUGCGCACUAAUCCAUUAUUCUGCACUGGAUUCAUAUCCGGGUUAAAAUGUAGUGCAUUGCCGGUGCAUCUGAUUAAUUGUGUGUGUCUUUGUGAGCAAUGUCCAAGUAUAAGGUCUGUAUUUAUUGCCUUUUACUUGCCGCUGAUAAAUGCAGUGAGUUUAAAGGUAUGUUUCACUUUAUACACAACUUAUAUAAGAGUGUCAUCAUUCUGAAAGGCUGCUGUUGCGUGUGUUUAAUUGUUGGUAAUGCUGUGUAACUGACAAUGAGAUUCCAUAUUGGAGGUUGCCUGAAGGAUUUUCCCCAAAAAAGUCACUGCACUAAAAGGGUCUAAUAAAGGAACGUCGUCUAUACAUUUUACGUGGCUUGUGUGUAAAACACCUCCUUUAUAAUACAAACUAGAGAUUUAAAAUCGUAUUUUUGUCAAAGCUUGCCUUGCAAUAAUGGUGAUAAACAACUGGCCCUGCGUGUUGCAGCAAGAGAGCUGUGGUAAUGCUUUUGCCCCUCGACCUGGACAAUGGGAUAUUGUAAAUGGUGUUGUACCUGCUGCACAGCUCAAAGCUCUUGGAGGUAAAAUGAUGAUGAAAUGCCAACCCCCCCCCCCCCCCCCCCAAAGUGUUACGUCACGAUGUGUUGUUUACUGCGAGUCGUCUUACUUGAAAAGUGACGUCACGUAACUCAACCGUUUCUGCUAUGCAAACAUGGGGAGUGUUGGAGAUGGCUGCUAAUAUCGCCGAUCUAAUUUGCAUACGUUUAAUAUCGGCGUGCCACAAUUAUAUUUCAACAGUCGGCUUUCCAUACUCCUUCGGUUCUUUCGGUAAAGUCACGUAGAAAAAUAAUAAUCCCACCUGAGGGACGGAUUGCUCGUGUGGUGAUCUAAACGUCGUGAUUUAUUCUUCUACCUACGUGACUUUACCGAAAUAACCAAAGAGUGUGGAUUCCUGCAGUCACGAAAGCUUCAAAUCAAGAUUAGUCGGCUUUCCAACUUGCAGCUGGCCACCCAAAGAUGUGGGAUUGCUUUAUCAUGUACAAAAUAUAUCAAUAAAUCAUCUGUAUUUUAAUGAACAUCAAUAUUUUAGGAUAAUUAUCUUUAGCGUUUAGUAAAAUGAUUUCAAAAUUUAUUUAUGGAAAUGAAUUUUUAAAAUGAAAUGUAUUUAUGGUUUAUUAACUUAGCGGCCUUAUGGUUUUAGUAGUGUAUUUGUCUACACAGUGGUCUGAUAGGUUGUAAGUUCAAAUGUUUUCACAAGCAAUAGAAAUGUGCACUUUUUUUUAAAGGGUUAUAUACUGUGUAUAUACAAGGGGUGGUCUAAAGGUUUUGAGAAUUGCAAACACGAUGGCAGAACCUAACAGCCGAGGAAACCGAAUAAUUAUCGGGGCGUUCCUCUAGUGAAACAAUCAGUCGAUGUCCUUAGAAACGUUUUAAUAUCCACUUCUCAAAGCUGAAUUGAUUGCCUUUGUGUAAAUAUACACACACACAUAUUCUACUGUAUAUACAUAGAUGUUGUAUAUGUACAUAUAUCUCCCAUGAAAUACGUGUUUUAAAUGGAAGGCAUACAUGGCUUUUGUCUCGGUGUACUCGUGCUUAUGAUAACAUACAAAACUACACCAUGGGGCUGCCAAGAAAAAAAUGUAAGAUCAUAAUAGUGGUCCCUCGAUUAACGAUAUUAAUUUGUUCCACGAAAACCAUCGUUGAUUAAAAUUAUCGUGAGUCGAAUAUAGGAAAUGCAUGUUAAAGGUUUGAUUUCAAAGACGUUUGGAAGAUGACCACCCUAAAAGCAUAGUUAAUAGUAUUUAAACAUGCAAUUUUAAUAAAUAAAUGUUAUAAGAACAUUAGAGCAUUAAUAUUCAUAGAAACAUGGAUAAAUUAUUAAUAAAUAGAGCAUACAAAUUUGCAUAAAUUGAGCAUAAAAUUAUCAUUCUUGCCUUCAGAUGUUUAUGGCUCCAAUCUUAGUCUCUUUGAAGAAACUGUCAACAUUUGUCUGCUGUGCCGACUUCCUCGAUCUUUUGUUAUUGAUCUUACUUAACUUUUAAGUAACAUCCCUAAGUAUUCAAGGGAGCUGUUUCCACAAGCAAUGUUUAUUAAGCAUUGAAAAGAUAACCAGUUGGUCUCAAGACGCUCAUAACAGGGGCGGGUCGCGGCUGGCUGAUGUCUGCCGAGUCCACUUAUGAGUGCUUCGAUUGGCCGAAGUUGACGGGUUCGCGUGAUCAUCGUAAACAUUAUUAAUCGAAAAUGUAUCAUUAAUGGAAACAAUGGGGCCCUAUGGGAGGCGGAUCGUUAAUCGAUGGCCACUGUACAACUUUUGCUUAGUUCAGUGCUUGUCACGUUUCCUCAACUCUUAUUUUUCUAUUGCAAAGGUGUAAUAUAGUCAUACCGAAUGUGUUGAUCUUUUGAAGUAUAUACUCAAACACAAUUAAGUAAAAUGUGUAAUUUCCAUUUGCUCUAAGUUGGAUGUGUGAUCUGUGCAGUUUCUCACUGGCCCCCAGUGAUGUGGCCAGAAUUAAAUGUGAUUUUUUUGUUAAUGACAUUUAUCCACGUUUAUAUUUGUUAAAUAAUUGUACAAUUGUUUUUUAUGGAUACAACUUUUUUUUACUUUUCAGUUUUGAAACGGUCAUCCAACACAUAUAUAAGGAACUGGCUGCAGUGUGAUUCAGAGCCCUAGCUUCCAUGCACAUGCAAUGAUGGUCGAUGUCAGCUGGAUAUUGAGCUUGUGAUUUUUUUUUACAUCGUGAUUGCGAUCCCAGCACAUUCGUGUUAAUUAUCCACUGGCCUUUUCUUUUGAAAGACAUGACCGUGUAAAGUUUGAGUCCCUGAAUCACCUCCACCUCCCCUGAAACAGCUGAAACAACAUGUUUUGUGUGAAUAAUUUAAUCUUAAAAUAUUAUGAGAUCAUAAAUUGUUCAAAUAGGGUAUGGUGAGAUAAGAGGCUUUUUUUUGUCCUGGUACCGACAUCAACGAUGUCAUCAGACGGGUCAGGUUGAGGUGCAGAUUGGCUCCCUCUAGAGGCACCUGCUACUGGGUUCGACAGACGACCACCGUAGGCCUCUUUUCCUCCACCCUCCUUACAAUGUUGUUUAUGAUCCAAAAAUUGCAACUAAAGCGUAUCCCAGGGUAAAUCGCGGGCUGUUGCUCGUGAGAUUUUUGGUAAAACUCCUCCAGGGCUGCCAGAUUGGGUGUUUUAUUUUUAUAUAUGUUGUUGAAUUUUCCAAGUUUACCCAAAAACAUUGCUCUGGACUAACCUAGGCUUUUACUGUAUUGCAACAUCAUGUGUGCAUGUGAACAAUUCUUGCAUCAAAUGUAAGGGUCCGUGGGUUCUUAAUUUACUUUUGAUCACUGCUUAAUCUUGACUUGUAUCCAUGCCUAGACUUUUUACUGACUCGGGCUUUGGUACAAUUUAAUUUAGUUAUGCUGUGUAGCUUAAAUGCAUCGAUAAAUUAAUUUCUAUACAUUUGAAAUGUAUCAGCAGAUGAGUAUGGGAUUUCAACAAAUUAGCCAUUACAUGUUUUUUAUCGUUUUUAGGCAGGUUCUUUAAGAAGGGGUUAUGUUGCAUUUUCUAGUACAAAUACAUUGGGGUUUAAAAAAAAAAUAGAUUUUUAUAAGCUAAUAUACAUUUUGUCAAAGUAACGAUCCUUGACAUGGGAUUCGUCUUCGAAGCACAUUAAGUGGUAGAUUGUAAAAAAAAAUGGAAAAUUAAAACGUGUAAAAUUUUUGUUAAUACCCCCAUAACUACAUUUGUUUCAUAUGUUUCGAGAGGACCACUAAAUAGAGAACUCGCAUCAUAAAUAUUCGUCUAUUGUUUUAAAUGCAGUCCUGGACUUUUACCAACCGUAUUAGAUAUAAAUGAUUUAUUGUUCUCACUCUUGCAGUCGAUAUAAUGUUCAUGCUUUGUAUGAAUUUAGAGAGCUGUGAAUUGAUUUUUGUCACCAAGUAGUUCAAUUAUUUUUUCAGUGCAUACAGCUGUUGCGUUCAGCUAUGCGUACCUUGUAAAAAAAAGUGUCCGCUUUUGUAUAAUGUAACGUGUACAGAGUUGGUUCAAGGUUUAACUUGCAUGAUUACUUUUAGAAUCUAGUACCCUGAUUUUUCAAGGUAAUGCCCUGCUAUGCAUACAGUUUUGUUCCAUCAAUGUGAACACUUUUAUGCCAAAAGCAACCCCUAAUUCAUUAUUUAGGGCAUCUAUGCAGCCAUUUAGAGACAUCUGAGACAUCUGCUAUCACAUCUACAUAAAAGUGUGCACUGUCGUAAGAUUAAUGUGAUAGGUUAGGAUAUAUUGUGCUUUUCCCAUACAUGUAAUCCCUAUAUGGUGCUGACUACCACAGAAGCUUAUGAAUUGUGCUGUACAGCUCCUGGUUAAAGAUGCCACUCACCAGACUUGCCUCCUUGGGCCAUGCAAUCCUGAAAUAGCAAACUUGCAUGUGUUUUAACAUCCAUUUAACCUCGCAUUGGGUGAUAGUCCUUUACGGUAAGCUGUAUUUGUCCAUAUGGUGUGAUGGUCAAAUGGGAAUUAACAUUGUAGAUAAUUGUAAAAAGAAUUUGUAUGCAGUAUUCCCUUUGAAUGAUGAUUGUUAGCUUUAUGACGUUUGCCUUAAUGACUGUAAAAAUAUAUAAAAAAGCUUAAUUGUGAUGGUUCUUUCGAUCUAGUAAGAGGUGUAUGAAGAAGUAAAACUUUGUAUGCAGGAAACUGGGAACAAAUCAAGGUUUCUAUCCAGGGUGUCCUCCGAAGUACAUUGCACUUCGUGCACUCGCUACAGGAGGAAGAAUGCUUCCCCCCCCCCCCCCCCCUUGGAUAUACAACUUUUGAAUGACUUUUUUCAACCGUGGAUUUUUAGUGUUUUAUGCAACCUUGUAUAUAGUGUACAAUAAAGCUUCAUGCUGAACACC